GCUCAAACGUGCUCAAGUGCCUUCCGCUACAGUCAAACACUCGCACCCAACCUCGCUCAAAUAUGUUGGCACUUGCUGGAAUCAUCGCCGCGGCGUCCGCUACGCUGCCAAGGGCAUACGCACACGGAGGCGUGCUCGCGUACUCGAAUGCAGGCAACUGGUACAACGGCUGGGCGCCGUACAACUCCCCCACGGGACAGACGACGAUUGAGCGUCCGUGGUCUUCCUACAACCCAAUCACCAGCGUGUCCGACCCGACGCUCGCGUGCAACGACGAUGGCACAUCGGGCGCGUUGCAGCUCACGGCCACCGUUGCUGCUGGAUCCGCUAUCACCGCUUACUGGAACCAGGUCUGGCCACACGCGUACGGGCCGAUGUUGACUUACCUCGCGCAAUGCCCUGGAACGACGUGCACAGGUGUGGAUGCUACCACUCUGAAAUGGUUCAAGAUCGACGAAGCUGGUUUGCUUUCGGGGACAGUCUAUGACGGGUACUGGGGUGACGGGCAAAUGAUCGCCCAAAACUCGUCGUGGACAACGACAAUCCCAAAAACUGUGCCGAGUGGAAACUAUCUCAUCCGCUUCGAAACGAUUGCGCUGCACUCCCUUCCCGCACAAUUCUAUCCCGAAUGCGCCCAGAUCCUGAUCACCGGCGGAGGAACUCUGCAGCCCACCGCUGCUGAGCUGGUGACGUUCCCAGGGGGCUACGGCGCCAAUGAUCCCGGCCUCGUCAUCGACAUAUACAGCAACACUGCCCAGUCGCAAACAACGUACCCUAUCCCGGGCCCACCUCUGUACGGCAGCUCUGGCAGUAGCUCUGGCAGCGCUCCUCCUGCGCCCUCUUCCACGGCAGCUCCGACGUCGACGGCUGCCUCGCCGACCUCAUCAGCUGCGCCGACGUCUUCUGCCGCUGCGGGCACCAUUGCGCACUACGGGCAGUGUGGCGGGAUCGGAUGGGCCGGCGCGACUUCUUGCGUGUCGCCGUAUGUCUGCACGGUUUCAAAUGAAUAUUACUCCCAGUGCUUGUAGAAGCGAAAGAGGCAUUGACGGCUUUCAUGACUACUAGUUGCGUUGUAUAAAGGAUUAGGCGGAAUUUGAAGCUGUUUGCAGUCAACAAAAUUAACAUUGUGGCCCUUGUCGUCCAUCUU